AAGCGUAUUAUAUGAUAUAUAAGGCCAUUUCGAUUCACAAUAAUUUCUACCCGCUUCGUUUCAUCGUUCGUCUAUGCACAACGAAGCUGCGGAGACUCCGAUUCACUGAUAUUUGUUUAUUUAGCGUCUUUGUGCUUAGGGUUUCGUCGAAAGCCAACAUUCUGACUGUGGAUUCUUAGGGUUUUUGCUUGCAUCCUUCCUGGUUUUAUUAAUCAUUAUAUAAUGGCUGGGAAAACUGUAUUAUCAGACGAAGAAGAUGAGAUUGAAGUUGAAGAGGACGAGAGGGAAGAGCCUGAUGGGGACGCAGUCGAUCCUGAAGAUCGCGACGAAGAGGAUGACGAGGAAGAUGAGGAAGGAGAAGAUGAGUAUGAGAAAGACGGUUUCAUAGUGGAUGAUAUUGAUGAAGAUGAACAGGAUGCUGAGGAAGAGGAUAGGGCGGAUAGUGAUGAUGAGAGACAAAAGAAGAAGAAAAGAAAGAAAAGGGAAUCGGAGAAGAACUAUGUUCUUGAUGAAGACGACUAUGAGCUUCUUCAAGAUAACAACAUCACUGGAUUUCGACGACCAAAAGCCGAGAGUAAAAAGUUUAAGCGAUUAAAGAAAGCACGGUCUGAUGCUGAUGAAGGGCAAUCAGGAUUUUCUGAUGAGGAUGAUUAUAAUAGAAGUGGAAAGAGUGGGCGAAGUGCAGAGCAGAAAAUCGAGCAUAGUUUAUUCGGGGAUGAUGAGGGUCCACCCCUUGAGGACAUUGCUGAAGAGGAUCAACCCGAAGAGGAAGAGGAUGGUGACAUCGGUGAGGAAGAAGAUGAAAUGGCUGACUUCAUUGUUGAUGAGGAGGAGGUUGAUGAACAUGGUGAACCAACAAGGAGAAGGAAGGUCAACAAGAAAAAGUCAAGACAGGCCCCAGGGGUUUCCUCUAGUGCAAUACAGGAAGCUCAUGAUAUAUUUGGCGAUGUGGAUGAGCUGUUGAGGCAACGCAAGUUAGGACUAGAAAGAAUCAGUAGAUAUGAUGAUAGUGGUGAAGGGAAGGAAAGGAGGCUUGAAGAUGAAUUUGAACCCACCAUUCUUUCCAAUAAAUACAAAACUGAAAAAGAUGAGCACAUUCGUGAGAUAGAUAUUCCAGAAAGAAUGCAGAUAUCUGAGGAAAGCACAGGUCCUCCACCAACAGAUGAAAUGAGUAUAGAAGAGGAGAGUACCUGGAUUCUUCAUCAACUUCAAACGGGUGUGGUAUUGUUUGGCAGAGGAGGCGAUAUAGCAACCGAAGAAGGGCAUGACCUGGCAAUAGUUAAGGAUGACAUCAUGCGGUUUUUAGAAUUUAUGCAUGUCCAGAAAUUAGAUGUACCAUUUAUUGCUAUGUAUAGGAAAGAGGAGUGCAUGAGCCUUUUUAAGGAUCCAGAGCCACAAGAUGACAAGGAAAGUGAAAACAAAUCUGAGAAAAAACCCACGCUGAGGUGGCACAAGAUUCUUUGGGCUAUCUUGGAGCUAGACAGAAAAUGGUUGCUGCUUCAAAAACGAAAAAGCGCGUUACAGUCAUACUACAACAAGCGGUUUGAAGAAGAACGAAGCGUGUAUGACGAGGCACGUCUUCAUUUGAACCAGAAACUGUUUGAUUCAAUCACCAAGUCCCUCAAAGUUGCUGAGUCAGAAAGGGAAAUUGAUGACGUGGACUCAAAAUUUAACCUACAUUUCCCACCUGGUGAUACUAAUAUGGAUGAAGGACAGUUCAAAAGACCAAAGAGGAAAUCACAGUAUAGUGUUUGUAGCAAAGCUGGACUAUGGGAGGUUGCAACCAAGUUUGGCUACAGCUCUGAGGAAUUUGGAUUAUUGAUUUCUCUUGAACAAAUGAGGAUGGAAGAGUUGGAAGAUGCAAAGGAAACACCAGAAGAGGUGGCAUCAAGGUUUACUUGUGCAAUGUUUGAAAAUCCUCAGGCUGUUCUCAGAGGCGCUAGGCAUAUGGCUGCAAUUGAAAUUAGUUGUGAGCCAUGUGUGAGGAAACAUGUGCGCAGCAUCUUCAUGGACAAUGCAGUGGUGUCCACUAGUCCCACAUCUGAUGGCAACAAGGCCAUAGAUUCUGAUCAUGAAUUUGCAGGGAUAAAGUGGUUGAAGGACAAACCUUUGACAAGAUUUAAUGAUGCACAGUGGCUUCUGAUUCAAAAAGCAGAAGAGGAGAAGCUUGUACAAGUAUCUGUAAAGCUUCCAGCAUCUGUUCACGAUAAGUUGAUCAGUGAUGCUCAUGACUACUACCUUAGUGAUGGCGUGAGUAAGUCUGCCCAGUUAUGGAACGAACAAAGGAAACUGAUCAUAAAAGAUGCGUUUGAUAGUUUGCUUUUACCUUCAAUGGGAAAAGAAGCAAGAGGCAUUUUGGCAAGCAGAGCAAAAAACUGGUUACUCAUGGAAUACGGAAGGUUAUUAUGGGAUAAAGUGUCUGUGGCACCUUAUCAGAAAAAAGAACACGAUGUUAAUUCAGAUGAUUAUGAUGGUGCACCAAGGGUUAUGGCGUGCUGCUGGGGCCCAGGGAAACCUGCAACAACAUUUGUGAUGUUGGAUUCAUAUGGAGAAGUUGUUGAUGUGCUGUAUGCUGCUUCCAUCAGCAUCCGUGGUCAAAAUGCUAAUGACCAGCAACGUAAAAAGAACGAUCAACAACGUCUUGUUAAGUUCAUGACAGACCACCAACCUUAUGUUGUUGUUCUUGGAGCUGUCAAUUUGUCUUGCAGAAGCUUAAAAGAUAAUAUUUUUGAGAUCAUUUUCAAGAUGGUAGAAGAAAACCCUAGAGAUCUUGGACAUGACAUGGAAGGUGGUGUUGUAUAUGGCGACGAGUCUCUCCCACACCUGUAUGAAAAUUCUCGCAUAUCAUCCGAACAGCUUCAACCGCAACCGGGAAUUGUAAGGCGAGCGGUGGGCCUAGGACGAUACCUUCAAAACCCAUUAGCAAUGGUUGCAACCCUGUGUGGGCCUGCAAAGGAGAUAUUAUCCUGGAAACUGAGUCCUUUAGAAAGCUUUCUAACUCCUGAUGAGAAAUACGGGAUGGUUGAACAGAUCAUGGUGGAUGCCACCAACCAAGUGGGCCUUGACAUCAACUUAGCCAUAAGUCACGAAUGGCUUUUUGGUCCUUUGCAGUUCAUUUCUGGGCUGGGACCCCGUAAAGCCGCUUCUUUACAGCGGUCAUUAGUGAGGGCUGGGUCGAUAUACACGAGAAAGGACCUGUUGAACCACGGUCUGGACAAGAAGGUGUUUGUAAAUGCUGUUGGGUUUUUACGUGUUCGGCGGAGUGGAAACGCCGCCAGCAGCAGCCAGUUCAUUGAUUUGUUGGAUGACACCAGAAUCCACCCGGAAUCGUAUGGUCUUGCGCAGGAAUUGGCUAAAGAGGUGUUCAGAAAACAUUCAGGAGGAGAUGAUGGAAACGAUGAUGAGGAUAUGCUGGAAAUGGCAAUCGAGCAUGUGAGAGAACACCCUAAUCAGUUGAGGAGUCUGAAGGUGGAUAACUAUGCAAGAUCCAAGAAACAGGAGAACAAGAAGGUGACUCUGAAUGAUAUGAGAUCGGAGUUGAUUCAAGGUUUUCAAGACUGGCGGAGACCGUAUGUGGAACCGAAUGACGACCAAGCCUUUUAUAUGAUAUGUGGGGAAAGUGAGGAUACGCUGUGCGAGGGUAAAAUCGUCCAGGCCACUGUUCGUAGGGUUCAACCUCAAAAGGCGAUAUGCUCUCUCGAUUCGGGGCUCACCGGUAUGCUCAACAAGGAAGAUUAUAGUGAUGUACGGAGGGAUAAUAAUGAUUUGACUGAAAGUCUGAAUGAAGGGGACAUCAUCACUGCAAAGAUAAAAUCAAUUGAGAAAAAGAGGUACAUGGUUUUCUUAAGCUGUAAAGACAGUGAGUUAAGGAGUGACUUCUCUCAAAACUAUAAGACCAAGGAUCCGUAUUAUUUUGAAGACCGUGACAAUUCAGAAAUUGAAAAAGAAAAAGCAAAUAAAGCAAAAGCGCUGGCAAAGAAGCAUUUCAAAUCAAGAAUGAUUGUUCAUCCUCGCUUCCAGAAUAUCACAGCGGAUGAAGCAAUGGAGAUGCUGUCUGAUAAGGAGCCUGGUGAGAGCAUUGUUCGUCCUAGCUCACGUGGGCCCUCGUACCUAACACUGACACUCAAAAUCUAUGAUGGUGUUUAUGCUCACAAAGACAUUAUAGAAGGUGGAAAGGAGAAUAAGGACAUUACAAGCAUGUUACGGCUUGGAAAAACACUAAAAAUAGGAGAGGAUGUAUUUGAAGAUCUAGAUGAGGUGAUGGAUCGGUAUGUUGAUCCUUUAGUGACACAUUUAAAGACGAUGUUGGGUUAUAGGAAGUUUAAAGAUGGGGAGAAAGCUGAAGUGGAUGAGAGUUUAAGGAAAGAAAAACUUGAGAAUCCAUCGAGGAUUGUUUACUCAUUUGGUAUAUCCCAUGAACACCCAGGCACAUUUAUCUUGACAUACAUACGAAGCUCCAAUCCGCAUCAUGAGUAUAUUGGAUUGUAUCCCAAGGGGUUUAAAUUCAGAAAGAAAAUGUUUGAGGAAAUCGACAGACUUGUCGCAUAUUUUCAAAGACACAUUGAUGAUCCACAUGAUGCGGGACCCUCCAUUCGGUCUGUUGCUGCCAUGGUGCCCAUGCGCAGCCCUGCAGGUGGUGGCUGGGGUGGUGGCAGCGGCGGCGGCGGCUCUAAUAAUAGCAGCGACUGGAGAGGUUCAUCUGGAGAUCGAGAAAGAACAUCGACUCCGAGUUCUAGACCAGGUAGAGGUGAUUUCAGGAGUGGUGGUGGUGGUCACGAAAGCGGUGUGCCGAGACCUUACGGCGGUGGUGGACGUGGGCGGGGCCGAGGGCGGGGGUCAUUUAACAACCGUGGUGGAGACGAUAGGUCUAAGGAUUGGGAAGAAGGGUGGGGGGGUUUCCCAGGUGGAAAAACUCAGAACUCUCCGGGAGGAGAGGCUUUUAAUGGCGGUUGGGCUGAUGGUGGUGGUAGUGGUGGCGGCGGCGGCGGCAAGAGAAGCUCUGUGCAAUCAGAUAGUGGUGCAGGGUGGUCGAGCGGGUGGUAGCAUGGCAGGGUUCAACCAUCUCUUGUUUUACAUAAACUGGAACUUUGUAUCUACAGAUGUAUUGUUUAUUGUUAGAUUUAAAAAUUUUGGUUUUAGUUUCAGUUUGAGUUUGUAGGUGCUGUUCUGUUUUAUGAUGAAAUACAGAAUGCCAAGUACGAAAGUUGCUUGGUUUUUACUUUUAGGCAAGUCAUACGGAUACUGAUCUUGUUAGAUUUAAAAAAAAAAUGUCUUAUUUGACCAUAAAAUUGUAGAUUUUAUCUCCUUACUCAGUAGGCUUGCCAAAGUUAACUUACCUGUUAUGACCUGUUUCUAGAAUCUGGUAGGUAAAAAAAUCAGUUUUGAUGACAGAUUUUUAAAUUUGUUAUUUUGGAG